AUGAAGCCUCAGUGUCGCUGCGGCAGUGGUGAGAGGAGGAUGGUUGGGACGUCCGAGUCGCAAGACAAGGCUGCUCAAUUUGCCAGCAAACUCGCCAAGUUUGAACUGUUGAGGCGAGCGCUUCCGUUCCGACACCCCGACUUCUCGGACGACCAGAUCAGGCAGCUGACGGCGCUGUCGCAACGCACCUCUCACUCCGCUCCCUCCCACCGCUCCCGCUCGCGACCACACUCGGGAUGCUCUUCACCGAUCCUUUCGCCCACUAUACAGAGGCUGCGCACGGACGGCUUCCCCUUGCUAGCCCGCGCUGGAUCAGACCCUCUGAUGUCUUGCGCCCCGCCGCCUAGACACGCAAUGAAUACAGGCUCACUCCCCGCCGAACUCCCACUGCCCAGGGCUCCCCACCACCCAACUCCUCCUCUUCCUACAUCUCGGCCUCAUCACCACCACCAUCAUCACCAUCACCAACAUCAACACCAUCAUCGGUCCUCUAGACAUCCUUCUUCCCAUGAUAAAUCAGCAGGAGUAUCAGGAGUAAUCAGCAGCAUCAGCAGCGGCUUAGGAGCUGAUGGCGGCAUCAGUGACCGGGAGCUGCUGGCGGUGCUCACCAAUAAGCUUAUGGACAUGGAGACCAAACUGGCGCAGGCGCGACAGGCCCUCAGGCAGAGGGACUUCCAUAUUGCCGUGCUUGAGGAGAAAGUCAGGAUGUGUAUGAGGGAGGAGGAUCAGGGUGGGGGGCACAUGCGGGGGCUGCUAGACCCCUACAAGGAACAACGUAUCUAUCACCUCGAGACCAAGUGCACCAAACUCGAGCACCAUCUCCUAAAACUUGAGCAAUUCCUGGGUGACUAUGGGUUGGUGUGGAGUGAGGCUGAUGGAUCGUACGCGCUGCAGCCUCUUGCUUCUUACUCCUCUUCUCGCUCAUGCUCCACCUCCUCUUCUUCCUCAUCUUCCUCCUUCUCCUCCACCAAUACAACACCCACGGCUUCCCCCAAGCGAUCCUCGAGAGCUGGAAGACCUCCUCCAAGGGUUAAGAUUAAGAAAAACCGAAGGUCCCCGACGGACUCGUCUCUGUUGACUCGCGGAGUUCGCCGCACCGCCGUGGAGUCAACGAGUCGUAGCGUGUCUUCGGAGGCCGAACCUUUCGUGCUGGACUUCGAGCAGCUCGUCACCGCUGUCGAGACGCUCAACGCUGAGACACUCACCACCAACAGCACCAACGCCGUGACCAAAGCCAGCUCUGCAGACUCUGGCCUGGCGGCAGCUUCCCCUGUAGCUGCAGACAAGGUCAACUCUGGUCUGGCGGCCGCUUCCCCUGUAGCUGCAGACAAGGUCAGUACCACAAACAGUAACUACGCCUUGAGUAAAGCCAGCUCUGCAGACUCUGGUCUGACGGCAUCUUCCCCUGUAGCUGCAGACAAGGUCAGUAGCACAAACAGCCACUACGCCUUGAGUAAAGCCAGCUCUGCAGACUCUGGUCUGGCGGCAGCUUCCCCUGUAGCUGCAGACAAGGUCAGUACCACAAACAGCAACUACGCCUUGAGUAAAGCUAGCUCUGCAGACUCUGGUCUGACGGCAGCUUCCCCUGUAGCUGCAGACAAGGUCAGUACCACAAACAGUAACUACGCCGUGACCAAAGCCAGCUCUGCAUAUGCAGACUCUGGCCUGGCGGCAGCUUCCCCUGUAGCUGCAGACAAGUCGAACUUGGUGAGCGUUGACGUGACCGUCUACAAGAACGGAAUCGUCGUCGGCGCCGCGGACUCGCCGUUCCGCAGUUUCGACUCUUCAUCCACCAGGAGCUUCCUGCAGGACCUCCUCGAUGGCCUUAUGCCUGAUGAAGUCCUAACGCCCAACACCAGAGGGACGCUGAUCAAAGUGCGCGACAAGCGACAAGUUAUUCACCUGCCGACAUCGAGUCGUCGCAAAGGCAGCUCGAGGCCGCCCGUGCCGCCCCGCCCUAAGAUAUCAAUGGGAGACUCGGGCCUGACAGGCUCGUCCCUGACGUCCGUCACGAGUCUGGUGACGGGUAGCAUCUCUGAGGCCGACCCGCUGGUCGAGCCCUCCAAGCUCUGCCCUGAAGCCGAAUACAAGAGUGAAUCCAGCGAGACCUGCCGCAGACUUCCUACCCGGUCUCCCUCUCCUAAGCUUCCUGAGAUGCUGACGAAAGCUUUUGCUUACCUCCAGCAUGUAGGCAGCCGUCGAGAUUCCCUGCAACGUGCCAGUGACAAGAGUGAAAGUGAAGUCACGAGAAUAGAAGUCGCUCCUCCUACCUCUACUCUCGCCACAUCUGUUGUUACCACAACCUGCAUCAUCGCCCAACACGUGACUCAAGCAGUAACGACGGUGUCUAGUCACGGCAUUCAGACGUCGGUUUCACAGCAUUCAACCACCUCCCAAUCCACCAUCACUUCUACUAUUCCUCCAGAACCAUCAGUUCCAGCGCCAUCGGAGCCCCCAAUAAAAACUCACAGUUGCCGGAGAGGCAGCGAAGCUUCCCGGCACUUCGAAGGAGUAGACGGUCGUCCCGUGAGCGAAGCUCGCCGGGGCAGUGAGGUACGAAGAGUCAUUGACAUGAGGCGCGGUAGCGACGCAAGGAAAAUGACAGAAGGUCGGCGAGGCAGCGAAGCCAGGAGAGGCAGCGAUGCUAGAAGAGUAAGUGAGGUGGCAAGGAGGGCCCUUAAUAUAGGAAGGAGAAAAAGUCCUCGUGAAUGGAACAGAAUGAACAGAGCUAUGCUACUACACGACGAAAUGGAAGCCGCAGCGAUGGUCGGAUCUGGCAGACGAGGAAGCAUCGGUAUGGUUGUAGGAGGAGGAGUGGCCGCUACGGACAUCGAUGUCGAUAGUUUACGCAAGAGACGAACUUCAGUGGAAGAUUUCCUGUCUAGAGUGCCGGCCUGUGUCGUGAAGAACGGCAAGAUUGUAAACCUGAGAGAGGAAGUAUCUGAUAUGUUAAUGGGCUCAUCCCGGAAGAGUUCAUUGACGCUGGUGCACACUCCCAUUCUGGAUGAAGCUGAUGAGAGCCAGGAAGAGAAUGACUCAGACGAAGAAACAAAAGAAAACACCGAAAAAGCAGAUUCAGAAGAAACAGAAGAAAAAGACAAAGAAACGCCUUCUAAAAGCCCUUCUCCGAAGUCGGAAGAGCCCAAAUCCGACAGUGCGGGCCAGGUGGCGAAACCGCUAAAAGCCACUAGAGUACCUUCAGUUUCUAAUAUACUGUCUUCGUCCCCCGUUGGCUUGGGAAUGGUGACUAAAAAGGUUCAAGAAAUUUCCCCACUGGCUGCUUCAUCGUCGGUCUGUUCUGUUUCUAGCAAAGUUACGGGGUCUGGAGUCUCUGGGAGAAAAUCUUCAAUCGUUCACGCGAGACAACCUGUCAUCAUCACGACCCUCAGAAUUCGGGCUGCUAACGGUACACAAACAUAUUUGAUAAAAUUGAAGGCGAAUGACACUUUGGAGAAAUUGAGAACCUAUCUUCGCUCGUACCGCGACGGGGAUGACAACUUCGAAGUAGUUCGCACCUUUCCAUACCAGGUUUUGGAUCAGAACUCUGCGACAAUGGCAGAGCUUGGGCUGGUCCCCAAUGCCACUCUUCACUUGAAAUUGACUGGUAAGCCCUCUCCUCCCACAACAUUGAACAUUCCCUCAGAAAUGGCACAUGCCAUCAAAGUCAUGACCGCCGGAGGAGCUUCCAACCUUAUGGCCGCAUCGUCAAUGGCAGGCACCUCUGGCUUGGGCCUUGGUGGCCUCUCAUCGGAAUUCGGAAACACAUUCCUGGGAACUUCGAACCUCGUCUCGACGGGGACAAUGUCAACAGGAAUCGAGUCGCAUGCUGCCCUCAUGUCUGGAGUGAGCGGCGUCAUGCCGGCUGGAUAUUCAUCUGGCAUUGGGCAUAACCUGCUUGGACAGUAUUACAGUGCCACAGGAGUGCCUCCUGCCGUUGUCGCUAAUAUAUCCAAACAUACGGCAACACCACCGGCGAUGAGCACUACGCCGAUGUACGCUUGUUUAGGAGUCACGUUAUCAUCAUCAGGCUUAGCAAGUACUGGAGGACCGUCUUUUGCGGUACCUACUGCUGGCUACGCUGUGUCGUCGUCUCAUUCGUCGCCCAGAUCUCACACGGCAUCGUCUCCAGCUCAUUUAUCUGGUGCUGCAUUUCACCCGUCCCCUUCACCAAGGAGGCCUCCUUCACCCGCUCUUCCAGUCAUCCCUCCCAACCUUCACCCAGCGUUGACACAGAUGCUUCCUCAUCUCUGCCUCCCACACGACUCCCAAGACUCUUCCUCAGGGGGCUCAUAGAGGAGAGUGCGCGACAAUCAAUUUUGUCAUUCGCAUAUUACGUAAAUAUGCCCACUACUGUAUAAAGCAGGCGUGUGCACCCAUCAAGUAACAGGCACGUAGCGGGCUGAGUCAAGAGAGACGAGUUAAAUAGAGACAAUGUGUGUGCCUCGGUGAACGAUUAGAACAAAGCUGUGUGCGUGCCUCGGUGAAUGAUUAGAACAAAGCUGUGUGCGUGCCUCGGUGAAUGAUUAGAACAAAGCUGUGUGCGUGCCUCGGUGAAUGAUUAGAACAAAGCUGUGAGCGUGCCUCGGUGAAUGGAUAAACGAAACUGGGUACGGGCCUCGGUGAGUGGAUGAACGAAAUUGUAUGCGUGCCUCGAUGAAUGAAUGAACGAAACAGUAUGCGUGCCGCGGAGAAUGGAUGAACGAAACUUUGUGCGUGCCUCGAUGAAUGGAUGAACGAAACUUUGUGCGUGCCUCGGUGAAUGGAUGAACGAAACUGUAUGCGUGCCUCGGAGAAUGGAUGAACGAAACUUUGUGCGGGCCUCGGUGAAUGGAUGAACGAAACUGUAUGCGUGCCUCGGAUAAUGAAUGAACGAAACUUUGCGCGUGCCUCGGUGAAUGGAUGAACGAAACUGUGUGCGUGCCUCGUUGAAUGGUUGAACGAAGCUUUGUACGUGCCUCGGUGGAUAGAUGGUGGCGACUGUGCUGAAAGCGAGAUGUUUGAGGCUGAGAAGGCAGUGAGUUGGAAGGUGAAUCUACGCUUUGAUGGUGCGAGAAAUGCAAUCGAGAACGUUCUGUUGUCGGCAAAUGGAUUAAAACGACCAAUAUUUAUACAGUAAUUGUACUAUAAUUUUUCCUUUCGGGAAAAAAAGUAUUUUGAACGGCAGAUAUUAAAUCUUCCUCAAUAGAAAUUUUACAACAUUGCAGUAGGAUUCAAGGUUUGAAAGUUGCGCUGCAUGUAGCUUUCACAAUAAUCCAAUUUUUCACUAAAUGAGCAGUAAGUCAUCACUUUACUGAAAAGCCUUAGCUCCCGGUAAAAAUAUUUGAUUUCGAUAUUUGAUUCAAUUUCAGCGUUUGAUACUCUCAAAGUCUCAUCUCGGCAUAAGCAGCCCUCGAGUAUAGCUUAACAAAGGAUGCAACCCUCACCAUCAAUACGUAUAUAGCCUUGCACCCCAGGUUUUACGCUACAAUUUAGGCACUUUAGAGUACAAUCGUACUUUAGUUUUGUGAUUUAGUUAACCUUUAUCAUGUAGCCGAGUCAGUAAAUAAUUUUCAGAUAGCCAAUAGAUGAAAACUUUGUUUAUAAGAUGUCGGUCGGCUGUCGAGGGAAGGGAGACUAAAAUAAUUUAUUAUGUUACUUCGACCGGGUGUUCACUCUGUCAUGAUGCGCUCGCUAUUUAAGUUAUAUUUUCUCCGUUCUUUGUGGUGUUCGUGGGUAUAAAUUUCAUGGAUCAAUUUACCCAAGGUGCUGCACGUGUCAUGCAAAACAGUAUUAUGUCGAUUUUCCCGCACAACCAAAGAUAAUUUAAGGCAAGAAUACGAUUGAAUUACCAAAUCAUCGAGUAAUUGUUUGGCCAACCUACGACACAAAUGUCUGCUAUAAACACACUAAUAUAAAUAUAAAUGGAUAUCCAAUUCAGCGAGAGCAAUACGAUAGCCCAGACCUAGAGUGAUACUUAUGAAGUCAAGUGCUUUACUAAAACAUGUUGAUUCAAGUCCCAAAUAACUCGAUGUCGUCAAAUAGUUUAGUGUCAGUGUUGUGCGCGUGCAUUUGGUGCAAGUUUGUGUGUGAUUAGUUACCUGUGUUUUAGCAAACCGAUACGGAUGCCUGCGUGUAGCAGGCAGUAAUCCAAGAGGAGUUGGAGAGGCAGAAAUUUAUGUGGGCGCACAAAAUUUUCCAGCAAAGUUUAUUUCCACAAGGAAUUAAAUUAAGAAAUACUUCAUGGCUCUGGAGCUUGAGUGCAGAUCAAUAACAAUGACCGAAAAAAUCAUGCAAUGCAUCGUUCUCGCAAAAAAUUCAAUAUUUUUAGUCGACGUCGGAUCUGCGCAUUAACGAGUUAAAUUGUAGGGAAGGUUAACAUUUGAUUAAAUUCAUACUAGAGUAUCGUCAAAUAAGAGAGAGAGAGAGAACAUCAACAAUUUCGGAUGCUGCAUAUAAAUCCACUGGGUUCCAGAGAAGAAGUAUCCGAUAUAUUAGUGGUCUCAAGCCAAAGGCACGCCAUGUAUCUUGACAUGAUUGAGCGUGACUUCACUCAGACGCCUCCACAGUCUCUCUUCAUUUGCCAACAAAAAUUCAUCGGAAGCCAAAUUUGCCUCGAGUCCGUGAUGGUGUCCGGAAUGCCCAUUGCACUACGACCUAUUAAAAGAUUUGGGAAAAGACGGCUCGGCGAAGUUGGGCACGAUCUACGGGACAAUAAAAGAUUUCUUGGGUUAUUAAAAUUGACGGAGUUAACUCACGGUGAUAAAUGUGCUGCGUAAGAGCAAGCGUUGGGUCAUAAUAGUACCUAGCAAACCUUUGUGGGGUUGGUGGCCGCAACAUUUGAUAGCUUAUCGAAAGCUGCCUCGGGACGAAAGAAGGCUCAUGACCAUCGAAUAAUUCAUUAAUAAGAGCAUGUAGAAUAUAGCGCAGAUAGGAGGGUUAGGUUUGAGUGGCUUUAAUAAAUUAAUUUUUUUGUAUUGUAAUUUGGUGGCUAACGCCAGUUUCAGAAUAAACAUAACGACCACUAGUAAAGUGAUAGUAAAAAUUAAUUUCAAAUUUAAGAACAAUCUAACAAAUAUUUCAGAGGAACAAAGUUUUGUGUCCUCAUGUGUACAUUAAAAAUUGAGCUUCAUCUAAACACCAGAGGGAGUACGAACUUAGAAGGACGUUCGAAGGAGAAAAUUUAGAAAUUUAGAACGAAUUGCUUGUAUUGAAAGUGGCAUUACGAUGCUAUCCUUCAUUCUGUAUGAUGGGCCGAGUCCAGAUAAGAAACCUAAUUUCAUCAGCAAUUUGGUUCAUUUACAUUAAAUAUCGAUGGUAAGGGUUAAAAUGCCUCAUAUGAGAUUAAAAGAGACUGAAUAUGUAGUAGAUCAAACGAUGUUUUGACGUUCCAGGCAACAUUUAGUUCAGUUGUUCCGUCUCAUAUCUGCAAGUUUCAUUCAAAUUCUCAGUGACAAUAGUCGCAAGGAUAGCGGAUCACCCAAUUAUUAUUAUCAUUAGAGAUAUUAGUCACUGUUUUUACAUUACAUAAUUAGGCCGUAGAAUAACUUAGAGCUCUGAGGAUAUAAAAAAAUUAACUCUGUUACUCUAUUUACUGGGAGACCAAGAUAUAAAAAUUACUGUCGCCUCCUUCAGGACCGUAGGACAAAAAACAGAUUAUAUGACUAGACUAGAUCUGACUUAUCCUCAACAUAAAUCACUGAAACAAAUAGGCAUGAACUAAUCGCAUAUUAAAUAACAGUGGGAAUAAAAUUCAAGUCAAUUUAUUUGUAUUUAUAACAGAAUACGUGACAAAACGUAGAAAGUGUGCGGACUGAGAAGCACACUUGGGGGGUCAUACCUUCAAAAAAAAAAAAGUUAAGAGAUCGUAAGUUCAUCAGCCAAUCAUU